CUCAUAAGUCUAAGCAAAGAGGGCAGAGAUCGCGGUCAUCUCACAAGACUUUGAGCAGGUCUCUAUCAUCUGACUCACAAUCUAAAAGUUCGGGUUUUACUCCUCCUGAAAACAUGAAGGUUGAUCUUAGCAAACUGGAAAUGCCUGCUUUACUGAAAUAUUGGCAACAUUUUAACCUUGUGGAUGCAAUUCCUAAUCCUUCAAAAGAGCAACUAAUUGACAUUGUUCAGAGGCACUUCAUGUCUCAGCAAAUGGAUGAGCUUCAGGUUAUUAUGGGGUUUGUCCAAGCUGCAAAGAGAAUGAAGAAGGCUUGCAAGUUGCAAUCAAAAGAAGCCAGAAACACUGAUCUUAACUGCAUCAGCUAAGAAAAGCCCUGACUUUUUGACAAAUCAUGUAUGUAUGGUACACCGACUUGUUUAACCAUUUGUGGCUUGGUAAGUUUUAGUUCUUGUAGAGAUGUCUGGCUUAAGGGUAGAUGUUGCUUCUGUUGUUCAGCCAUGUAAGUACCAUCAAGAAACCAAAAAUAACUCUCUAAAGCUCCCAAUUGGAAACUAUCUGUUCUGAUAGGAUCCCGAAAGAUUGGUAUGUUAGAAUGUAAAUAGACUUAUCUCACUUUCUUCCCUAUCUUUUUUUCUUCAUCUCAA